AUGCAGGAGAAGUUCAGACCCAACAUCUUCCAGUUCACCAACAUCGCGGCCCAUGUUCUGGGCAUCCCCCCCAUAGUGACAGAGCAGUACCCUAAAGGCCUGGGUCCCACGGUGCCUGAGCUAGAAGCUGGGGACCUAACAGCCCACGCCAAGACCAAGUUCACAAUGAUGAUAGAGCCAGUGGAGAAGGAGCUCAAAGCCCUGGGAGAUCCCAAGAUAGCCAUCCUCUGUGGGAUAGAGACACAGGCCUGCAUCGCGUGCACGACCUUUGACCUGCUGGAGAAGGGUAUGGAGGUCCAUAUCGUGGCUGAUGCCGUCUCGUCCAGAAGUCAGACAGGCCGGUUGUUUGCCCUGUCCCGGUUGAGGCAGAGUGGAGCCUUCCUGACCACCACAGAGGCCGUCCUACUACAGCUAGUGCAAGAUGCCAAACACAACAACUUUAGAGAGAUCCAGAAGCUGUUGGUCCAGCCGUCCCCUGACACAGCCCUGCUAGCCUUCUUCAGCUCUCUGUAGAGAAGACAAGCUCCUUCCUGUUGUCUGUGAAUGCAUCUGAAACACUGUGUGAACACAAGUACGGAAAUAAACCCAUGCUGCUGUUUUCCAUGCUGA